CAAUAAUUGCCCAAGAAAAGUAGCUUUACCCAUACUGAACGACACAUUAUGGACGCCUUCUUAGCACCGUCCUCGCCGCCACAGGACAGUGGCUAUGGGCCGUCUGGGUCACGAUCCCGAAGAACCGGCCAGACCUCAUCUGAAGAGUCUGGGCCUCUGGUUCCCGUAGUGUCCACGAGAUACCGCGUUGCAUACCCUGACCUUCGUCCAUGCCCCGUUGAGUGUUUGCUAGGCCCUGAUCCCGAGAUUUUCGUCCGUCAUGGACAAGAUAUCCGAGAUGGUGCCAACACUAUUCUUGCUGAGCACGGUCUGCUAGACGGCCCUCGCUGCUUUGCUGAGACCAACAUGGAACAAAUAGAAGGUCGCCCGGGUACUGAAGAGCCUACGGUCACAAUCGUCCUUCCAUGGUUACCCGAUUCCAAGGCAAAAUGGACUUCGGCGGUGCAGGCUAUUGCUAUUCGCAACAAAGAACUUCUGCAAGACACCGAGUUCGAGGAUACUCCUCCUCGUAUCGAAAUCACGGCACCCGAGAUUGUAGGGCCUAUCUACCUGGGUGUGGUGGACGAUCGACCCUAUCUUCUUCAACAUUGGGAUCACAUCAAGAGAGUUGUCCAUGAGCGUCUCAAUACAUUUGAUGCAACACGCCACUUCGUCACGUCCGUUAUCCUAUUGCGACAUGGCCUUUCACCCAACACUGCUACCAACCCUAUCACGGUCUAUAUAUCGGUUGACCGCAGAUCAGAUGAGAAGCAAUGGGAUUCGAUUCUGACCAACAUCGAGAACUCGCUCAAGGCCCUUGGAUGGACCGAUAUUCGUGUCCAUCUUGAGCACAACUCACCAUGUCUUCUCCAAUUCCAACUGCUAGAUCCCAAGGGUGAACGCGGCGAGAUUUUGAGCAAGAUUUCCAAGAAUAACCUGGUCAUCCAUGGAGAAUACCAUGACAAUGUCAACCUUGGUGAUGAUGUUUCCAUCUCUCAGUACGUUGACCGCGAUGAUGGUGAAACCUGCAACCCUCCAUGCGGUACCCUGGGUUGCUACCUUGAGAUCAAGACUAAGACGAACCCGCAAUGGACCAAGGUUGGCCUCACCAACUACCACAAUGUCCGACCUGGCUUUCAAGGCUGGACGAUCAAGGAAGUCGAUGGAGGUUCCAUCAUAGGCCCUCCAUCAUCCAACAGUCAACUCCUCAAGGUGGAUCAGAAUGGUUGGCUGCCCGGCACAGUCGGUGAUCCAACUCCCUUUGAAAGCCCUUCUCGAAUCAAGCACAACUUCACGGUAUGGGAUCUCAAUCAAAGGAUCCAGGACGCCAAAGACACAGUGCAAGAGGAUCCCUCCGAGGGAAAUGUGAAGGACCUUGCAGAUCUAGAAGGAGAAUUGAAAAGGAAGAUUGACUUUUUCAAUCAGAACAAUCAGGCAUUGGGCCCUGUAAUUGCUGCUUCCGGCUAUGGGCGAAGGUCUGUCAACAACCACAGACUUGACUGGGCAUUGAUACAAGUUCCAGAGCAUCGACAAGGGUCCAACCGUUUGCCCCAGAAGGGGGAGUGGACUAAAUACAACCACCAUUCUUUGUACCGUCCCAAUGCCAAGACAUACGGCCAACCGUUGAAGACCCAAGGACGGUCCAUGCUACCUCUCGAGAAUCGACCCAGUCAUCUACCUUCUGUCGCCAAUGUCUGGAAGCUUGGCACUACAACCAGACUCACUGCCGGCAAGUUUAGUCGCUUCAAGAACGAUGUCAAGCUCAUUGAGGAGAAUCAUAUGUCACAGACGAUAUCGAAUGAGUAUUGCUUUGUGUACACCCACCGUCUCAAUGACCCUCCGUUCUCUGGGCAUGGCGACUCUGGCGCGUCCGUCUUUGACGAGAAGGGAUGCAUUGUUGGCUUGUUGUUUAGAGGACAAGUGCCUAACAAAGCAGGUCAAGGUGGAAAUGGAGUAACCUUUGUCACGCCCAUCGAGGAUGUCUUUUCAGAUAUCAAGAAGCUCACCAAGGGUGAAAUCACUCACAUCCGUGUUGCAGCUGAGAACUAGGUGUCAUAUACGAGUCGUGGCGUUCCUAAGCACCACCACAAAGUUCCUCCAAAAAUAGGACACAGGAGCCAUAGUAUGUUGAGCUAGCGAUGGCUGGUUCGUUCUUAUCGGGAUCACAUGAAGACAAGCAAGAGACAAAUUUGGCGCUGCCGUCGUCCGCGCGUAUGCAUGUUGCGUACGUUCGGGUCUUGUAAUCACCGGGACUGCUUUCGUAGGUUUGGUCGAGACAGGCGUCGCAUGAGUCUGUUUGGUAGGGCUCCGAAGACCGGGUUGGAGGCUUGGACGGCUGUGAGAAGGCCGAUGGCCAGCAAGAUAAUAGCUAAUCGAAAAGGUUUUUGACAAUAAAUUGAACUCUUGAUACUUAUUGUAGUGUCUCAGCGGG